ACAUGGCCUUGUCACCGCCAUCGAGUGGUAAUGUGAGUGGCGGAAGAGAGGUGUGGCUGGAUGGCCUGAGGGGAUAUGCAGCAGUCAUCGUUGCAUGGUUCCAUCUGACGAAUGUUUUAUUUCCCGUGUGUAUACACCCAGCUAUCAUCGAGAAUAACAUCAACAACAAGAGAAUGCGAGAGAAAGACUGACAGGCUCCAGAUGCCAUACCGCUCGUACUGGGCCGACCCGCCCGAGGACAACCGCCACUUCAUCCAGCUCCCGCCCUUCCGCAUCGUCUUCGCCGGCCAGGCCAUGGUCGACAUCUUCUUCGUCGUGUCCGGCUACUCGGUCUCGAUCGCGCUCAUCCGAGCGCGCAACAGAGACGGCGUCGUAGCCGGCGACUUCUACCGCAGACUCACGUCGGCCGUCUUCCGGCGCUUCUUCCGCCUCUUCAUCCCCGUGCUCGUGCUCGUCACGCUCUCGCACCUGCUCUACUUCCUCAACCUCUACACCUGGAUCUUCUCCGCCGAAUGGGGCUUCCCGGGCUGCAUACCCUUCACCAGCCCCUGGUCGCAUCUCAAAUGGUACCUCUCCACCAUCGCCUCGUUUGCCUACCUGCAGACCAACCAGAACCUGACGCUCAACGACCACCUCUGGACCAUUCCCGUGGAGAUGUGCGGCUCGCUGCGCGUGUAUCUCGCCGUGCUCGGCUUCGCGGCUGUGCGUCCGCGGCUGCGGCCCUGGCUCGUCGCGCUGGUGGGUCUGCGCCUGCUCUGGCUCGGCAACCCGGAAUACACGGCCUUUAUUGCCGGGCUGACGUACGCCGAGCUCGACGACGGCAACACGAGCAGGACGAUGUCCCACGGCGAGCUGCCACGUGUGACGCGGGCGGCGGAGGAAGAGGAGGAGGAGAGGAUGAUCCGGCACACACCGCCGAAAACGACAACGACGACGACGACGCUGCGACUCCGGCCCCUCAGACGCGCCAUCACGCCCGCAAAAUGGGCCAUGUUUGCAAUCAGCAUAUACCUGCUCUGCCUACCGGUGGAAAACCCGUUCCCGGCGGACUGGGCGUUCCAGCGACACAUCCGGCCGCCGUACUGGAAGGACUGGGAGAUUGCGAUGCGGUCGUGGCAGACGAUUGGGGCAGUACUCUUCAUCGGCAGCGUGCGGCAGCUGCCGGUGCUGAAGCGGCCGUUUGAGACGCGGCUGGCGCAGACGCUGGGGUCGGUGUCGUUUUCGCUGUACCUGCUGCAUCAGACGGUGUACCGGACGCUGCUGAACCGGAUGUUGGACUGGUGGUCGUGGGUGUUUCUGGGGGACGGGUAUUGGGAGGUUGGUCCUGAGCUGCGCGGGUAUGUGGUUGGGUUGGUGUGUGUGUGGAUUCUGAGUGUUGCCGGGCUUAUGGCAGUGUUGGCGGUGGGGACGAGGUAUAUGACUCGGGCGGUGGACCAGAGGUCGGUUGUGCUGGCGCAUCGGAUCGAGGAGUGGUGCUGCAGAUGAGUUAUUCUUGUGAUUUUUGUUGCGUGCAUGUUCUGGUGUUGGGAGGGCGGAGGUUGUCUUGGUGGCGACCUGUGAGGGUUUGCGAUAGAUAUAGACACGGGCAACAGACAUGCCAUGAAUAUCAAGGCACACGAGACGAACCACAAAGUGAAUGCACGUACCGGUAAAGAAUUCCCGCUCGCAAGUCUCACACCGGAAACCCCGACAU